CCUAAGUUUGAAGGAUUUGGAUGUUUGCUAGUUUUUCCCCCAAUAGUUGACGAGUGGGUUGCCCAAAUGUUAUUCCUAUUGCCCUCGGAUUUCGGGAUCUCCAUGUCGCAUAUGCCGACCUUUUGCCGACAAUUGUAACGCCGUGAGCAUCCCUCCCUUAUGACACAGCCGCAAUGAAAACAACAGAGGAUACGGUUUAAAAUCAAUCGCUUGAUUGAUUGAUGACAUAUUUUCAAUUCAGACACAAGAUACAUAUUGACUUUUAAAGUUCCAUUCUCUCUGUGGUCUUUGGCGGCUUUUUCCACGCUGACUCACGUCGUUCCCCCCACGCGAGACGCUAAAAUCACAGUUCCAAAACGGAUUCAAGCCUGGACUUUGACGAGGCCACUCCAAAACCUUCAUUUUUAAGCCAUUGAGAAGUUGACUGACUUGUGUGUUUUGGAUGGUGACCCUGCUUGCAGAACCCGAGUGCGCUUCAGCUUGAGGUGACAAACUGAUGGCUGAACACUCUCCUUCAGGAUUUAGUGUUAACAUUUAUGCUUCCAUCAAUCGCAGCAAGUUGUCCAGGGCCUGAAGGAGCAGAGCAGCCCGAGACCAUCACACUACCGCCAGCCUGUUUGACAGUUUACGUCCAGCAAGUCCAGCCAGAGCUCCCCCACGUCAAAGAGGAACAGGUGGACGUGGACAUCAGUCGGCAGGAUGGAGAACACGUUGAGGAGGAGGAGGCCCACACCGGCGAGUUCCCGGUCAUCCGGGUCAUUGUGAAGGGUGAAGACGAGGAAGAUGAAGCUGAGCUCGGGGAGAAAAAUAGCGGAACGGAAGCAGGCCACCUCUGGGACGACGCCGAGGACUCCCGAGGCGAGCCGGCAAGUCGGCCCGACGCCUUCGAAUGUUCCCAGUGCGACGAAGCGUGCGGCGAAACGUCCGUCUCGAUGGCGCGCACGAGGGGUCGCGCGGAAGACAAAAUCUUCAUCUGCCCGUUUUGCGGCAAAAGCUUCCACCAGCGGGAGAACUUGAUCGGCCACACGAUGAUCCACACGGGAGAGAAACCCUUCGUCUGCUCCAUUUGCGGCGGGAGCUUCUCACUCAAAGGUACUCUCAUGAUCCACAUGAGGACGCACAGCGGCGAGAGACCCUUUCCUUGCUCCGUUUGCGGCGAAAGAUUCUCCCAGAAAGUCAACUUGACGACACACAUGAGGACGCACACUGGAGAGAAACCUUUCUCCUGCUCGGUGUGUGGCGAGAAAUUCUCCCAGAAAGGAAACUUAAUGAAGCACAUGAGGACGCACACCGGGGAGAAACCCUUUCCCUGCUCGGUUUGUGGUGAAAAGUUCUCGCAGAAGGGAAAUCUGGUGAUCCACAUGAGGACGCACACGGGGGAGAAACCUUUUCCCUGCUCUGUGUGCGGUAAACGGUUUGCUCUGAAAGGCAGCUUGAGGAAACACACCAGAACGCACACCGGCGAGAAACCUUUCGCUUGCUCGGUUUGCGGCGAGACGUUUGCGCAGAAAGGCAAUUUGAACAUUCACGCCAGGAAGCACACGGGAGAAAAACCCUUCAGCUGCAACGUGUGUCAGGGACAGUUCGUGAAUAGAAGUCAGCUUAGCAAACACAGAUGUGCUCGUGACAACAACAGCGCGAACUGAAGAACAGGCCACGUCAAGGGCGAAGAUAACGGGCAGCUUUGACCGCCGCAUCUUUCACACCGCCUGCCUCACGUUCCACUUCCCGUGGAAAAGUUAUGACGCGGGAUGGACGGUUGAAGUCGACCCACCCGCCAAUUUUCUGCCUCCCGGGGUCGUAAUUCAAACAACUUUUGUUUGAAUUACGCUCCAAAAGGCACUUCAAAUUCUUUCCCUGGCAUCGAGAUGCCAACGGCGCAAAAUGGAAGGUAGAUCACAACUGAAUCUUGAAUCAGAAUCAGAAUCGUCUUUAUUUGCCAAGCAUGUCGAAAACACACAGGGGAAUCUGUCUCCGGUCGUCGGAGCCGCUCGAGUACGUCGACUGACAGAGGACGCGUUGGAGACGGAAAAACACUGAGAAGUCAAAGGUUACCGGUAACGACCUCAAGGCACCGUUGCCCUCUACAGGCUGCCAUUCCUCAUUGCAGUUAUCCAAAACCGAAACUCUCUGAGCACACGGUUAUUGUGUUGCGAGACAAAUUCGUGUCAUUAGCCUCGAUUGCGAUCAGUUCUCGAUUAAAUGUCUUUCGGCGUCUCUCGAAGGGAAAGAAUUCGCAGCCUUGCAGUCGGUGUCACUCGAUAAAGGCGCACUUGAGCAUCUGGCAUUCGUUGACGCUUCCCCCCACCCGUUAUCUGGCGAUUGCAGCCGUUAAUUGGAUCUUGAUUACAAUUGUUAACUCUUCAAAAGGGAAAUGAUUCUGUGUCAUUUUGUUUUUGUUCAUAGAAAACCAUGGGCUUGGCUGACUGUGACGACAGUGACUUUUUUUUUUUUUUUUUUUUUUUUUUGCAUGCAACUGCAACAAAUGCGCACGCGUUUUCUUUUUCCGUGGUGAGUGCUGUAACCAUACUUCCUGUGUUUGUGUUCUGUAUUAAAAAAAAUAACACUCCCAAUCUAAUGGUGACUUUGAACUUUUACCCAGUAUUGUAUUGUUUUCAAAAGAGAGAGCAAUUUGUCAAUUUUCAUCAGGUGUGCGCGCUAACAUUGACUCACAUCCCGGUGAAGUCUUCACGGGGACAUCGGGGGUGGCCGUUACCAGCUCUUUGCCGCCGCCUUGAGACGGCGGUGGUACUGCAAGCCGCCUGCCUGCAGACAUCUUUGAUUGAUUGAUCCUUGAGAGAUGAUGCGCGGAACUGUUUUCUCCUCAAAGUUUGAAAACAAAUAAUUGCACUUACUUUUCCGACGAUUUUCCGACUUAUUGUAUUUGACUUUGUUAUAGAUAAUACUUUAUAUCGCAUUAUUUGAGUUACGAUUUAUUUUACAUAAUGGGAGUUAUUUUAUUGGACUUGGUUUUAUCGUACCUGUUUGAUUGCAUUUUACUUUGCUUCACUAUAUUUUAAUGUAUUUUAUUGUGUUACUAUAUAUCACAUUACUUUGUUACACUCUAUUCUGUUUGCCUUUAUUCCAUUUUAUUUGACUUAAUUGAAGUAAUUGUG